AUGAGAGGUCGUUGGGGACUUCUUAGGUUCACAUGCGGGGGGUUACUGCGAAAUUUCAGGAGAGAAUACCACGGCAAAAGGAAUUCCUUGAGGAUUUUUGAAGAUAAUCGAUGGUUGGUUCAAAAACCUAGUUUAACGAGCAUACCACCUCAAGAGAGAUCCCAAGUGGAUGCUAUUGGAUUCAUGUUUGGUCGUAAUGCUCCCGAGAAUAUCUACACAUCUGAUGAAAAUUUCAAAGAGUUGUUGGAUAAAAGUAUGCAUCAUGUAUACAAUCAAAAGUUAACAGCGUCUUUUGCAGGUCAAGAGAAUUACAAGGACUAUGCCUGGUUAAAGCUUCGAGAUUAUAUUUAUGGACAGUUGAAGGAUGGGAGUUUACAAGAAAAAGUAAAACAAUACAAACCUAGCUUGACUCAACUCAUUAAGCCUUCAUGCCCCGCACAUGUGGUUCCCCAGUUGAUUAAAGUAGAUGACUACGAUUCUAAUACCUGGCAAACUAUUUUGAAGAAUAAAGUCGACUCGAAACUGAAUAAAUAUGUGCACUUUCUGUCACAGACUUACGAUUACAUUUACGAACAAGAGGUGCUGCCGCUCAUGAUGAAGACAAAGAAGACCGAUGGGUCCGACGACGUGGAUAUUUCGAACCCUGUGGAAUGGUUUGCCGAAGCUAGAAAGAUGAAAAGGCAUAUCAUCAUGCACAUUGGGCCAACAAAUUCAGGUAAGACAUAUAGGGCCUUACAGCAAUUGAAACACGCCAACCGUGGUUACUAUGCUGGACCUCUAAGGCUCUUGGCAAGGGAGAUUUAUGAUAGAUUUCAGAAGGACGGAGUUCGUUGUAACCUUUUGACGGGUGAAGAAGUGAUUCAUGAUUUGGACAGUGCGGGAAACCCUGCAGGGUUGACCUCGGGUACGGUGGAGAUGGUUCCCUUGACUCAAGAUUUCGACGUCGUAGUGUUAGAUGAGAUCCAAAUGAUGGCAGAUUUGGAUAGAGGGUGGGCCUGGAGUAAUGCUCUGUUAGGUGCCAAAGCUAGAGAAGUUCACGUUUGUGGGGAAAAGAGUACUCUGCCGCUCAUAAAGAACAUUAUCAAGAUGACUGGAGAUAAGCUGACUGUUAACGAAUAUGAGAGAUUGGGUAAGUUGAAAGUGGAAGAUUGGGUUUUGCCCAAAGGUUACAAAAGUCUGCGCAAGGGUGAUUGCGUUGUGGCAUUUUCCAAGAAGCGGAUCCUGGAUUUGAAGCUUCGCAUUGAAAAGGAUACUAAUUUGAAGGUUGCGGUCAUUUAUGGUUCCUUACCGCCCGAGACAAGAAUCCAACAGGCACAUCUUUUCAACUCCGGUGAGUACGACAUCAUGGUUGCCUCUGAUGCUAUUGGUAUGGGGCUCAAUCUUUCAAUCGAUAGAGUUAUUUUCACUACGGAUGUCAAAUUCAAUGGUAAGGAAUUGGUAGAACUGAGCAGCUCUAACAUCAAACAGAUUGGUGGUAGAGCGGGCCGAUUCAAAAGCGGUUCGCAAGGUCAAGAUAUUCCUCAAGGGUUCAUUACUACGUUUGAUCCCAGCGUUCUGUCCACUAUCAGGAGGGGUAUGGAUGCCCCCAUUGAUUAUUUACAGAGCGCUGUCAUUUGGCCCACUGAUGAAAUAUGCGGUAACAUCAUUACGAAAUUCCCACCGGGAACACCGCCUAGUGUUCUACUGAAGGCUAUUGCGCUGAGACUGGAGAAGAGUUCACACAAGCUUUUCACCAUGUCGGAUCUCAAGAACAAACUGAACGUACUAGCGAUAUUCGAACACAUGGACGAUAUAGCUUUUUUCGAUAAGCUGAGAUUGAGCAAUGCGCCUGUCAAGGAUUUGCCGCUGGUGAGGAACGCGUUUGCUCAAUUCUGCGAUACCAUUGCCAAGAGACAGACGAGAGGACUAUUAUCGUAUCCGUUCCCAUUUGAAGUGUUAGACUACAAAUGCAUAACUGAUGAAAAAUUCGGCCUAGAGCUUUACGAGUCGCUAUACAACAUUAUUAUGCUGUACUUCUGGUUGGGAAAUCGAUACCCAAGUUAUUUCAUCGAUUACGAGUCUGCUACUGAUCUCAAGUAUUUCUGUGAGCUAAUCAUAUUUGAGAAACUCGACAGAUUGAAAAAGAAUCCCUACAACAAGGGAGCUCCCCAAUCAGUAGGGUCCAUCUACAAACAGAGAGCUCACUUUGUGAACCAGUACACAAGGAAAAGGAACUGA